AUGGAUGAUGAUGAACCGCUUACUCCAGCCGGGAGGCUGUUCCUUCAACCACAGAUGAACCAAGUAAUCCACUGCGUAGUAGGGCUAAAGAACAGCGUGGAUGUUGAUGCAAUCAUGACGGAAAUUGACAACUCUCUUAUACUACAACAUCCAAGAUUCACUAGCCUCAUGAUUCGUGACCAUCGAGGCGUUGAGCACUGGCGUCCAACCAAAAUUGACCUCAGCCGCCAUGUACUCAUCAUCGACCAUCCAGUCUCCGACGCCGUCAACGAUCAAUCGGCCAUCAACGACUAUGUCGCCGAUUUAUGCACAACACCCAAACUCAGCAUGGAUAAGCCACUCUGGGAGAUCCAUAUCCUAAAAGCACACAAGUGUCUCAUAUUUCGAAUUCAUCAUUCACUUGGAGACGGAAUUUCACUCAUGUCACUGCUUCUCGCAAGCUGUAGGAAGCUCCACGAUCCCCACGCGCUUCCAACCAUAUCUACUCCCACCAUUAAAUCUCGCCGCACUUUGUGGAAUCUUCUCACUGCCUUAUUCUUUUCUUUUAUAUAUCUGUUCCAAUUUAUGCUCAGGUGUCUGUGGAUUCGUGACCACAAAACUGCCAUAUCGGGUGGCGACGGUGUUGAACUCUGGCCAAGGAAGAUCGCCACGGCUAGUUUUUCAUUGGAAGACAUCAAGACUGUGAAAACUGCCGUUCCUAACGCGACCAUAAAUGACGUUCUAUUUGCAGUUAUAUCAUCUGGGAUAUCAAGAUACCUGGACUUCAGAGAACCUAAUGGGCUGCGAGACGGUGUUCAGCUAACAGGGUUGGCUAUGGUUAACUUGAGAAAGCAGCCAGGAUUGCAGGAACUGUCCAAUUUGAUGAAAAGCAAUUCAGGGGCAAAGUGGGGCAACAAAUUUGGUAUGAUCCUACUGCCUAUAUAUUAUCACGGAAGCAAGAAUUCAAAUCCUGUAGAAUAUUUGAAGAGAGCUAAAGUAAUGAUUGACAGAAAGAAAAAAUCUUUGGAGGCCCAUUUGUCAUACAAAAUUGGAGAUUUAGUAAUGUCCACUCUUGGUCCAAAGCUUGCUAGUUUGCUAAAUUAUAGGAUACUCUGCAACACUACCUUUGCAUUCUCAAAUGUUGUUGGCCCACAAGAGGAGAUUAUGAUUGCAGGCAAUCCUGUAACGUUCUUAAGGGCAAAUAACUCUGCCUUGCCUCAUGCACUUGUUUUGCUUAUGGUGAGUUAUGCUGGAAAGGCAGACAUGCAAGUGCAGGUGGCCAAAGACAUCAUUCCGGAUCCUGAGUUUCUUGCCAAGUGCUUUGAAGAUGCAUUACUUGAAUUGAAGGAGCACGUUACAGCCAAAAUUUGA